GGUCAAUCGACCACGUUCUCGAGAACGAACAGCCACGAGUUUUCCACCAAAUCUUAGUCUAUCGGGGACGAUCCUGAUUCCAGGAGUCGCUUUUCACCGGCGCCAGGAUGGGCCUGAAAUUCGCAGCGAACAUCUCUCUGAUGUUCAAAGAGCUGGCGAACAUGACCGAUCGAUACGGUGAAGCCGCGUGGCGAGGUUUCGCAGCAGUUGAGUGUCAAUUCCCGUAUGACGUGCCUAUUGAGGACAUGGUGAGAGCGAAACACGACGCGGGGCUGGAACACGUUCUGAUCAACUCAUUCCAAGGGGAGAACUAUGGAGACCUGGGCCUGGCUUGCCAGCCUUCCAAGCACGCUGAGUUCAGAAAAUCUCUGGAGAUUAGCAUCAGAUAUGCAAAAGCCUUGAAUUGCAAGAAGGUCCACAUAAUGGCUGGUUGUCCUCAAGCUGGAUACACGUCUGCGGAAACCGAAGCGGCUUACAUUAAAAAUCUAUGCUAUGCCGCCUCACAAUUCGAGAAAGAAGGACUGAUGGGAUUAAUCGAACCGCUUUGCAAACAGACCCGGGAAGAUUAUUUCCUACAAAGUUAUGACAAAGCGGUCGAGUAUGUGAGACGCAUCAACUCUCGCAAUAUUCGCAUCAUGUUGGACGUUUUCCAUCUCCAAAUGCUCCACGGGAAUCUCUCAGCUAACAUUUCUUCUCUGGCCCGUUACGUCGGUCAUGUGCAGAUCUCCCAAGCUCCGAAGAGAAGCGAACCUGGUUCUCCCGGCGAAAUUGACUAUCUGUAUGUGUUGGACAUUCUCGAUGAGCUUGGGUACCGGGACUACAUCGGGCUUGAAUAUGUGCCGAGUGGACGAACAGAAGACUCGCUGAAAUUCUUGAAGGACUGGGGAUACAUGCCCGACGUCAAGAUAGACUGAUGGACCUCUACGCCAGAGACCGGCAUCGGCGAUAUUCUAGGUCGGGGGACGCUCGCUUCAAAUACUGAAUGCAUUCUGCACAUCUGCAUUUCGCGAGUGAGGUUGAUAAACAGAAUAAAGUCUGGAGGCU